CCCUGGGGGCUCCUCCUCGGCGAUGGUCGCUAACGGCUGCAUGGCGCCGCACGAGGCGGUGGAGGAGGAGGUGGAGAGGCUGAAAAUGGAGAUCCGCGAGGUGAAGGCGCUCAUCUGGGAGGGGAGGAUGAAGCUCGCGGCCACAGCGGACGCGGAGGAGCGGCAGUUUCUGCGGGAGGAGCAGCGCUGGCUGUUCGACGAGACGAGGAAGAUCCGGGACGAGGUGAGGGUGCGGCUGGAAGCGCGCAACAUUGCGAUGCAGCACCAAAUGGCGGCCCGCUUUGCGGCCGAGCCCGGAUGUGCUGGUACGUCAAACACAAACUGUACGUCGUCGUCGUCGUGGAAGAUGCCCGUGCUCCAGAGGCCCGACACUCCCGCUGCUGCUGCCUGGGUGUUCCCCGACUUUGUGCCCGGCUGUGGCUGGCCGCCUUUACUUCCCUGCUCGCAAGAGCAGCAUCAACAGCACCAGCACCAGCACCAUCAGCAGCAGCAGCAGAGAGAUCGGCAGCCGCAGAAGCGUGAGCCGGAGCAUGUGGACCUGUCGGGCUGGACGUCAUGCCUGAUUCAGCAGCAGCAGCAGCAGCAGCCACAGCAGAGCCAGGAGCGUCCGAAACCCAGGCUGCCACCGUUGCGGCCGAGGAAGGAUGGAGAGGCCAAGACUGAUCCCCUGGUGAUGCAGCCACCAAAGAGCAACGGCAACAGCAGCAGCAGCAAGAGGAAAAGAGUUUCCAAUCCGGCAGCUGCAGCGUCGACAAUCAAGGAGGAGCAGGAUGCGGGUGGUCGAGAGGAGCGGGGGAAGCGGCCGCGCUGGAAGGACCACUGGGUGAUGCAGCUCAUCCAAGUCCGGGGUGGGAUGCAAGAGGAGUUUAGCAAGCCGCCCAAGCAGGGCGUGGAUCUGUGGAGGCAGGUCUACACAAAGCUGGUCGCGUCGUGCCCGGAUUUUGACAAGGAGCCCGAGGCGUGUAGGAAGAAGUGGAAGACGCUGGUGACCGACUACAAGGCUGCCUCCACCAACAAUUCUAACAACAACACUAACACCGCGAGUACCACCACCAACACCGGUGCCAGCAGCGGUGCCGGUGAGGUGAACGAGAGGCCGGACAAGUGCCGCUAUUACACCAUGAUGGACGAGUACAUAAGCGUCAAGGACAUCCAGACGAGCGUCAUUGGCAGUGCCGCAACCGUGGCCACCAUUGCCUGCCUGGACGAGGUGACGAGCGAGCUCGACUGUGUGGACACCUAGCGAACAUGCAACGCGGGUGAC